AUGAAAUUGAAAGACGUAAAAUCAGUACUUUCACAGCUUAAGCCUUUUAAAACGCCAAAAAUUAAAUAUGAGCAGUACAUAACACCGCCAUCUCUCUCAGCAACAACGGUGCACAUGAUUGAAACGGUAUACAGCGAUAUUCGCGGGAAGAAUGUCCUGGAUUUGUGUGGCGGGACGGGAAUGUUAGGAAUAACAUGCACGUUCUAUGAGCCUUUGUCCGUUGUGAAUGUGGAUAUUGACCGGGAUGCGUUGGAGAUAUGCAGAGAAAACAUGGCGGCCGUGGAUCAACACGUUGAUUUGGUAAACUCCGAUUUUCAAAGUUUGCGAGUGAGCACCAAAUUUGAUACAUGCGUUAUGAACCCGCCAUUUGGUAUGCGGUGCAAGGGAGUUGAUGUACUAGCGAUUGAAGCCGCGCUGAGAUGCAGCGAUGUGGUAUAUGUGCUGCACUCUACGAAGACCCGUGAUUAUUAUUUAAAUAAAUUUGAUCAUAUUGAGGUUAUAGCAGAGACAAAGUAUGAUUUGCCCAGCUCAUACCUUUUUCAUAAAAAGAAAAACAAGGUGAUAGAUGUAGAUCUGUACAGAAUUACGAAUGGAUAA